AUGCUGGGCCCCGGGGCCCGGGCGGAGGAGGGUAGCACUGGCGAGGGCGCGGCCCCGGGGACCGCGGCGGAGCCUGGGGCAGGGCAGGGGCGGGAGCCAGCGCGGCUGUGCGGCUACCUGCAGAAGCUGUCGGGCAAGGGCCCGCUGCGCGGCUACCGCAGCCGCUGGUUCGUGUUCGACGCGCGCCGCUGCUACCUCUACUAUUUCAAGAACCCGCAGGACGCGCAGCCCCUCGGCCACCUGGACAUCGCGGACGCCUGCUUCAGCUACACGGGCCCCGACGAGGCGGCCGAGCCUGGCGCGGAGCCGCCCGCCCACUUCCAGGUGCACAGCGCGGGAGCCGUCACGGUGCUCAAGGCCCCUAAUCGUCAACUCAUGACUUACUGGUUACAAGAGCUUCAGCAGAAGAGAUGGGAAUAUUGCAACAGUCUCGACAUGGUAAAGUGGGACAGCAGGACCUCCCCGACUCCAGGGGAUUUUUCUAAGGGUCUUGUGGCCAGAGAUAACACAGAUUUAAUUAACCUGCACCCAAAUGCUUCUGCAGAAAAAGCCAGAAAUGUCCUAGCUGUGGAAACUGCCCCUGGAGAGCUGGUGGGAGAGCAAGCUGCAAAUCAGCCCGCCCCAGGGCAUCCAAAUUCCAUUAACUUCUCUUUGAAACAGUGGGGCACUGAGCUCAAAAAUUCAAUGUCUUCUUUUCGUCCUGGGAGAGGGCAUAACGACAGUCGGAGGAGUGUGUUUUACACCAGUGAAGAGUGGGAGCUUUUAGAGCCAAGCCCUAAGGACCUGGAGGAGUCCAUGGUACAGGAAGAAAGGAAGAAGCAGAUCCCUGAAGGAAACAAAGGAGUAACUGGCUCAGGAUUUCCCUUUGAUUUUGGACGUAUUCCCUACAAAGGAAAACGCCCUUUGAAAGACAUGAUUGGAUCGUAUAAAAAUCGCCACAGUAGUGGUGACCCUUCAGCCGAGGGGCCAUCGGGCAGUGGUAGCACCAGCAAGUUGGCCUCCGAGAUGCAGCUGCAGGUCCAGAGCCAGCAGGAAGAGCUGGAAAGGUUAAGGAAAGACUUAUCCAGUCAGAAGGAGCUCGUGCGGCUCCUGCAGCAGACGGUGCGGUCCUCCCAGUAUGACAAGUACUUCACGAGCAGCCGCCUCUGUGAGGGGGUCCCACAGGACACGCUGGGGCUUCUGCACCAGAAGGACGACCAGAUUCUGGGCCUCACUGUAAGGACGCUGAAGAGCAAGGUGGGCGAGCUCAGUGAGCAGCUGGGGAUGCUGAUGGAGACCAUCCAGGCCAAGGACGAGGUCAUCAUGAAGCUCUCCCGACAGCUCAGCGAGUGCGAGGGCAGCGCAUCCUCUCCCACCUCCAUGCCCAGCUUUCCUGUGGCCCUCCCCACAGCCAGGGACCAGCUGGAACUGGACCGACUGAAAGAUAAUCUACAGGGGUACAAAACGCAAAAUAAAUUUCUGAAUAAGGAAAUCUUGGAACUCUCAGCUCUACGGAGAAAUGCAGAAAGAAGAGAGAGGGAUCUGAUGGCAAAGUAUUCUAGCCUGGAAGCCAAGCUCUGCCAGAUAGAAAGCAAAUACUUGAUACUGCUCCAAGAAAUGAAGACACCAGUUUGCUCAGAAGAACAGGGGCCUUCUCGGGAUGUCAUAGCCCAGCUGCUGGAGGAUGCUCUGCAGGUUGAGAGCCCGGAGCAUCCGGAGCAAGCAUUCGUUAAACCUCAUCUUGUCAGUGAAUAUGACAUUUAUGGGUUUAGGACUGUCCCAGAGGAUGACGAGGAAGAGAAGUUGGUUGCCAAAGUCCGAGCAUUGGACCUGAAGACUCUCUACCUCACAGAAAACCAGGAGGUUUCCACUGGCGUCAAGUGGGAAAACUAUUUUGCGAGCACAGUGAACAGGGAGAUGAUGUGCUCUCCAGAAUUAAAGAACCUGAUCCGUGCGGGCAUUCCACAUGAGCACCGUUCCAAGGUGUGGAAGUGGUGUGUGGACCUUCACACCAGGAAAUUCAAGGACAGCAUUAAGCCUGGUUACUUCCAGACCUUGCUUCAGAAGGCUCUGGAGAAACAGAACCCGGCCUCCAAGCAGAUCGAGCUGGACCUGCUGCGGACUCUGCCCAACAACAAACAUUACUCGUGCCCCACCUCGGAAGGCAUACAGAAACUGCGCAACGUCCUGCUCGCCUUCUCCUGGCGGAAUCCAGACAUUGGCUACUGCCAAGGUCUAAACAGAUUGGUGGCAGUGGCCCUCCUAUACUUGGAACAAGAAGACGCUUUCUGGUGUCUAGUCACCAUAGUGGAAGUUUUCAUGCCUCGAGACUAUUACACAAAGACUCUUUUAGGAUCCCAGGUGGACCAGCGGGUGUUCAGAGACCUCAUGAGUGAGAAGCUGCCUCGACUGCAUGCCCACUUUGAACAGUACAAAGUAGACUACACCCUCAUCACGUUCAACUGGUUUCUGGUGGUGUUUGUGGAUAGCGUCGUUAGUGACAUCCUCUUUAAAAUAUGGGACUCUUUCCUUUACGAGGGACCAAAGGUUAUCUUCCGCUUUGCCCUGGCACUUUUUAAAUACAAGGAAGAGGAGAUCCUGAAAUUGCAAGAUUCAAUGUCCAUAUUCAAGUAUCUCCGUUACUUCACUCGCACUAUCCUUGACGCUAGGAAGCUGAUCGGUAUCUCCUUUGGGGACCUGAACCCAUUCCCCCUGCGCCAGAUCCGGAACCGGCGCACCUACCACUUGGAGAAGGUCCGGCUGGAGCUGACGGAGCUGGAGGCCAUCCGGGAGGACUUCCUGCGUGACCGGGACACCAGCCCUGACAAGGGCGAGCUGGUCAGCGACGAGGAGGAGGACUCCUGA